AUGGAGCCCCACACCGAGAAGCUGGAGUUCUUCCGAAAGCUGGGCUACGGCCGGGACGACGUUGUCCGAGUGUUGACCAAGCUGGGCCAGGGGGCCCUGGUGAAUGACGUCCUUCAGGAGCUGAUCCAGAUAGGCAGCCGCCCUCAGGCUGAAGAGAGCUUUGGGGAGAGCCCCGCUCCCAAACUGGUGUCCCGGGGCUGCGGCGGCUCGGUGGACCCGUCCAGACGGUUUCUGGGGACGGAUCCUGAUGAGGAGAUGGAGGACCCCGCCAGUCACCUGAGACCCAUCGUGAUCGAUGGCAGCAACGUGGCCAUGAGUCAUGGAAAUAAAGAAACCUUUUCCUGCCGGGGAAUUCGUUUGGCUGUGGACUGGUUCAGGGAGAGAGGACACAACUACAUCAAGGUCUUUGUCCCAUCUUGGAGGAAGGAACCACCAAGAUCUGAUACCCCUAUUUCAGAGCAGCACAUCCUGGAGGAGAUGGAGAAGCAGGCCGUUCUGGUGUACACGCCGUCUCGCAAGGUCAACGGGAAGCGCGUCGUCUGCUACGACGACCGCUACAUCGUUAAGGUGGCCUACGAGAAGGACGGCAUCAUCGUCUCCAACGACAACUACCGGGACCUGCAGAACGAGAACCCCGAGUGGAAGUGGUUCAUCGAGCAGAGACUCCUCAUGUUCUCCUUCGUCAAUGACAAAUUUAUGCCUCCUGAUGAUCCUCUGGGCCGCCACGGACCAACUCUUAGUAAUUUCCUUAGCAAAAAGCCAAAGCUUCCACAGCCCUCCUGGCAGCACUGCCCCUAUGGCAGGAAAUGUACCUAUGGUGUCAAAUGCAAGUUCUACCACCCGGAGAGGCUGCAUCAGAUCCAGCUGUCCGUGGCUGAUGAACUUCGAGCUAAAACGAGGACCCUGCCUGGGUCAGAGGACGAGCAGCUAAGAACCGGCCUCUUGAAAACUGGGCCAGCCGCCUCCCUGCCUCGCUGCAGCCCAAGAACAGGAGGACUGUGGAAUCUGGGGGGAAGCGUCAGCGGCUACAGCUGGACGGAGGACGGAGUUCCGUCUCUGGAUGGGCGCCUUCGUGGAGCUCAGAGCUGGGGAGACGGUGCUCAGGAGAGGCAGGACCCCGAGAGCGGCCCUCCCCACAGCUACCACGCAGGAGCUGUCAGGCUCCUGGAAGACCAGUUUUCCCUGUUAGCGUUUAGCGACGGCUGGUACUGCCGUGGCUUGCAGACGGGCGUCAGAGCUGUGGAGAUUCAGAGCGGGAUGAAUGGUUCGUACCAGGGCUGCAAUCUUCAUCCCUCCAGCCGCCUUGGCCGCUUCAAGCCUCAUCAGCCCAGCACGGCCUGCAGCUGUUUGCUGAGCGACCCUUUACGGGAGGACUCGGCGCUGACGCCCUACGUGUGCCGGCACCCGGCAGCCGGAGGGUCUUACUGUAACGGUAGCCGGGAGUCAGAGCCGGCCCUGGAGAAGACUUUUGCACCUGGGAGCCAGGCAUCCAAAGGAGGUUUGCCGCAGGCUGUUUACUGCUCUUCCCCGCCCAGGCAGGAUCCAUUUCCCCAUCCCUCCCAGCCCAGCGAGGCCUGGGGCUUGGGGCAAGGACUGAAGCAGCCAUCCGGCCCGUCCUUGUGGGGGGACUCCAGCUGGGGAAAGUGCCCCUUCAGGGGAGCACGAGGCUCCCCACACGCUUCUGAGUAUGACUGGCUCCCCUUGGAUGCUGCGGCUGGAGAGCGAGCCCACGUGCGGACGAUUCUUUACAACAUCUUCCCCCGAGACGAGGUGGACCAAGUCAUGUCCUCGUUUCCCAACCUUGUGGAUAUCCACAGUCUGAUUUCUCUCAUCCAAAAGAACCGCCGGCUUUUCCUGUGA